GGAAAUGUUUUUCAGUUUUCGUUGGAUCGGAGUAGCCUGUGCCCAUUCAUAGGACAAUUGUCAAGCAGAGCUACACGAGUACAAGCGAUAUAUUAUCAUUUAGUUUUUGAGUCUCACAAAAUUAACUCGUUUUCUGUUCCGUUUUCCGAAUUUAUAUUCAUAUAUAUUUUGAGAAAGUAAAAAUAAAAAAAAAACCAAAAAAAAUUAAUAAUAUUCGUUUACAGUCAUUUUCUAAUUUUCCCCCAUCUAUUAUAUAUCCGAUAUAUAUUCAAUUCGUGCAUGAGUGUGUGUGUUUGAGCAAUUGUUCUCUGUAAAUUGAAGGAAGGAACUGCACAGAACACAAACCGCAAUCGACAAUCUGAUAAUCUGACAAUCCGACAAUUCGAUAAGAUGAGUGAGGAGAAGAAUAUUGUGUGCCACAAGUGCAACGAGACGAUAACGAAGCGUGUGAUCACCGCAUUGGGAAAGACAUGGCAUCCGGAGCAUUUCCUGUGUCUCCAUUGCGAUGAACAAAUCGAGGAUGCCACAUUCAAUAUACAGGACGGCGAGCCGGUCUGCAGCAAAUGUUUUGUGGAGCGUUAUACAAGCACCUGUGCCGGAUGCAAGAAACCCAUAUUGGAGCGCACCAUUUGUGCCAUGGGAACAAGCUGGCAUGAAUGCUGUUUCAAAUGUGAUGGAGCCUGCAAGAUGCCCCUCUCGAAUCGCCCCUUCUAUGAGCGUGAUGGCAAGGCCUACUGCAAGCAGGACUAUGAAGAUCUAUUUGCAGUUCGCUGUGCCAAGUGCGAGAAGCCAAUCACCGACAGUGCCAUUGUGGCCAUGAAUGCCAAAUGGCAUCGCGAUUGCUUCCGUUGUCAACGUUGUGAGAAUCCCAUCACCACACAGACCUUCACCAUCGAGGGUGACAAGCCCGUCUGUCCCGCCUGCACUUGCUAAGCGUCUAUAUCAAGUUGAAGUUGCAGUUCCAGUUCCAGUUCCAGUUGCCCAGCUGCAGAUCCAUCAUUGGAGCCACCAUACCAAAUAAGACACAUACUAUAUGCUAUAUUAUAGUUUGAGGUUAGGUUUUGACUGUUUAUGCAUUUAUAGUUUUUAUAAGCCAAAAUACUCAUAUUGCUGCCAGGAGAUUGAAAUUAUAAAUGUAACAACACGCUCAAUCUGAGGCUCAACAACUAUGAAACAUUUACGUAUACAAACACACCAUUACACAAAGCGUUCCCGCUCACCUCCACCCACCUACACCCACCCACCAAACACUGUCUACUCACCACUCCAUCCAUCCACCUACUUAAUAUACCAAGAAAAUGCCGAUGAGAAU